AUGAAACGGUUGUCCGAGGUUCGAGCCGGCGAUGAUAAGACCGGUCUAGGCUCUGACCAAGAACAUCCGACAAGACGGUCCGCCCCGGACAAUCUCCCGAUCGUGAAGAUUCCAAAGGCCGGAGCGAGACCGAAUCUUCUCAAACGCGCCAUUCCAGGAGUCAAGGUUUGGGAUAUUCUUUCGGAGCUCGUCGACGCCCAGCGGAUCAAGGGCCGCUCGGCGUCCACGACACAAACUGUGCGAUACUCCUCGUGCUUGAUUACGCGCAUGCCAGAGCGACAGUCGGACGGCGCUGCGAAGUGUGCCUGCGAUCAGAGCCUGGUCUGGUCUCGGUGGGCUGCUGGUAUUCGUCUGCCUGGGAAUCUGCAGCGCGGCCCAAUCCUGCUGGCUGACGUGGAUUGCCUACCUGACUACUUCUCCAUUACACCACGGGCCAACAACACUGCCGACGUUCUCUCCGUCGAUAUCAACACCGAACAUCUACCUGCCGACUCUCCUUACUAUUCACCGGCCCCAUCAGUACAAGUACAUUCUCUUCUGGCGCCGCGACCUUCGAUCACUCCGACUUCUACCAUGGCUUCUACUGGCAGCUUCAUGCAAAUGCAGACCUCUGCGUCGCACACACCAUCGCGACCUCAACACAUUCAGAACGUACUUCACGUCACCAGCGACGACUCCACAUCAUCAGACAGCUCCUCUUCGUCCUCAGCGAACUCCGCGCUGUACUCUUCUCCUGAGUUUGCUCGCUGCUCACGAUGCCACCGAGCAUCGAGCAUUGACUGGAAGACCGGUCAAGACAAGAACAUGAUGCGUUACGGCCUCAACCUGUGGUACUGCAAUCGAUGCGCUAGCAUCGUCGGCAUGAUUCCCAAGGGAUGA